ACGCCUAAUGAUAACGGUCGCAUUCACGCAGAGCCGCAGUAGAAUAGUAGAUCCACUGACCGUUGGAAUUCGACCGACUUCAACCUAAUAAAUAAAUCAUAAAUAUCCUAUCGUAAAAUUCCUGUAUCUCUCACUCAACGCGAAACACCUUUAUCAGACCUUUCUAGGCUUUUCCGUAGACCUUACCUACCCCUCCCAACAAAAACAAAGUAGUGUGUAGGCUUACUCCCCGAGUAAGCGAAAAUCAAGUCCGCAGGAACCCAGUCGAUGUCGAUGGAAGAGAAGAGGAUAUAAAGUAAGAAGAAGAUUCGAAACCAGAGGAGCUGGACAGCGGGACCUCCUCGGAAUCCACAACGUACGUCAACAUGGCGGCCAGUCCGGGCAGGAAGAGGAAGGCCAAUAACGUAUCUCUCUGGAUGAGGGUCAACCAGGCCCUGAAUUUCCUCUUGGCACUGCUCCUGGGCAUCACGGCCUAUCUACAGGUUAGGCGCGCCGAUGCUGUUAUAUGGGUGGUCGUGUUCCUCGUCCCCGCUGUCAUUACUUUCCUGACGUCGAUCAAGAUUCAUCUGAGUGCCCUCCCCGAAGUGAAAGUGGUCUCGUCGGUGCAUAUAGCCUGUUGUCUGUGUCUGCUGGUCUACCUCGGGAUUAGGCUCAUCCACGGAAUGGCCAACCAGUUCUCAACGAUCAUCAUGUUCGACGGGAAUGACGUCAUCCAGAAUUCUUAUAAUCCCCUGGACUACCAGGAAGGAUGGGAGAUCAUUGCCCUCAUCUUGGUCGUCGCCUGGAUGAAGUAUCUCGCCUCGACUUCCAGAGAGCACAUGAGGGAAUCGGGAAUGAAGCCUGUUGAGAUAUCCCCACUGUGGAUGUUGAAAGCCAUGGGAGUCGUGGUGGUGGUGCCCCUAGGGCUGGCUUCCUUCUGCUACAUCGAGGGCGUCAACAGCACCGCCAAAGCGCUCUACGGCAGCCUCCGCAGUGCCUCGGAUCCUCUCCCUCCAGUGUACAACCCCGUGGCUCAGCCGCAGAGUGGAAUGGAGCACUAAGUUCUUUUGUUUUCUCCCUCUGAGGACCUUCACUCGGGAGAAGUUUCCGAAAGUAUCAAAAGUUUAGUCUUCAGAAAACAGCAGCUCUCGAAAUGGAUAAUACAGAGGCCGUCGGGAUGGGAAACAAACAUCGAAAUAAGCAAGACUGAAAAGGAAGAGGAGCAUCAUCACUAUUAUCAUCAUUCUGAAGAUGAACCCUACUCAUAUGGAAGAAGCCCUUCUA